AUGGCAUACUUCAGGUCUCUUAUCAGCUGUUAUGAAAUCGGCCUGUCAAUUUUGUAAGAAAAAACACAAUUAAAAUUGUUUUAUUCAUCAAGUGUUAUUCCAUUCGAGAGAAAUAAGAAGCUCGGAAGUUUAAUUCUGUUUUCAUUCAGUAUCAUGGACUCUGAGAAGAACGGUGUUCCUUAUUCACGAAGUGGUGACAAAGAGGAAGAUGAGAAAUUACUGAAGCCAUUUACUUAUAUACUUCAAGUUCCUGGUAAACAAGUUCGAGGGAAAUUAGCGCACGCUUUUAAUUUUUGGCUUAAAAUCCCAAGUGAAAAAAUUCUAAAAGUCGGUAAUAUUAUUCAAAUGCUUCACAAUUCGAGUUUAUUUUCAAGCAGGAUAGACGAUAUUGAGGAUAAUUCCAUUUUAAGAAGAGGAAUUCCUGUCGCUCAUUCAAUUUAUGGAGUAGCUAGUACAAUUAAUGCUGCAAACUACGUUCUUUUUAUCGCCCUAGAAAAUGUUUUAUCGUUAAAUCAUCCUGAGGCGACUCAGGUGUUUACUGAACAGAUAAUGGAAUUACAUCGUGGCCAAGGAAUGGAGAUUUAUUGGAGAGAUAAUUUUAUUUGUCCUUCGGAGGAGGAAUACAAAACUAUGACAAUUAGAAAGACUGGAGGUCUUUUCAAUUUGGCUGUGAGAUUAAUGCAGCUUUUCUCCGACUGUAAAGAAGAUUUUGCACCAUUAGCCGGAAUUUUGGGCUUGUACUUCCAAAUUCGGGACGAUUACUGUAAUUUAUGCCUUCAAGAGUAUACAGAAAACAAAAGUUACUGCGAGGAUCUUUCAGAGGGAAAAUUCAGCUUUCCAAUCAUACACGCAAUUCAAAAUCAACCAGAAGACGACCAAGUAUUGAACAUUCUUCGGCAACGAACGAAAAACGUUGAAGUGAAAAGGUAUUGCGUUAAUCUUCUAGAAAAAUUUGGUUCCUUCAACUAUACGAGAAAUGUUCUCUCCGAGCUUAAUGAGAAAGCGAGAAAAGAAAUAGAAAGGUUGGGCGGUAAUCCUUAUCUCAUUUCUCUUCUAGAUGAAUUACUUACAUGGGAUCGAGGUUAAAGUACAAUUUUUCCAACGAAAAUUUUAAAAUUACUUUUUUACUUCUCUAAAUAAUAAUUAGAAAAACUUGACUUCUA